AUGACGGGGGCCUACAUGCUCGACUUUGCGGUCUACAAGCCCCCAGCGGAGUUUAAAAUGUACGUGGAGGAGAACACCCAGUUCCAGCUCAAGGUGGUGAGGAAGAGCGGCCUGGAUGUUGAUGGCACUUACCUGCCGCCGGCAAUCCACCCCUCGAUUGCCGACGAGCCCAAGACCGACAUGAAGACGGCCAUGCUGGAGGCCGAGAUGGUCAUGUGCGGCGCGGUGUCCGACCUGCUGGAGAAGACGGGCACCUGGCCUGGCACUGGCUGGGGCCUGCAAACGCCUCGGGAGGGCGGCAUGCUCCCAGGCGCACAGGGCAUCAAGCCCGAGCAGAUCGACAUCCUGAUCUCCAACUGCAGCAUCUUCUGCCCCACGCCCUCCCUGGCGUCCAUGCUCAUCAACAAGUUCAAGCUCCGCCGCGACAUCGAGGCCUACCACCUGGGGGGCAUGGGCUGCAGCAUCGGCGUGGUGGCGGUCGGCCUCGUGAGGGACAUGCUCAAGGCGCACCCCAACAGCAUCGCGCUGUUCGUGCCGGCCGAGAUCACCACCUACUGCUUCUACCCCGGCCGCCACAAGGACUUCCUCGUGGCCAACGCCAUCUUCCGCAUGGGCGGCGCGGCCAUGCUGAUGACCAACAAGCCGUCGCUGUACAGCCGCUGCAAGUACGAGCUGCAGUAUGCGGAGCGCGUGCACACCGGCCAGGACGACGCCUCCUUCAAGUGCAUCAGCUGGGGGCCUGAUGAGGACGGCAUCAACGGCGUGUUCCUGGGCAAGGACGUGCCAGUGGAGGCCGGGAAGAUGCUGCAGGCCGUCAUCGCCAAGGUGACGCCCAAGAUCAUGUCGUGGGGGCAGUACGCCGAGGCAGCGUACUGGAUGGUGGGCAAGAAGCUCCUCGGCUACGACUGGGGCCGCUACGUGCCCGACUACACCAAGUGCAUGGACCACUUUGCGCUGCACGCGGGCGGCUACGCGGUGCUCAAGGGCAUCCAGAAGGGCAUGAGCCUGCCCAUGGAGAUGAUGCUCCCCUCGUUCGCCAGCCUGCGCGACAUGGGCAAUACCAGCAGCAGCACCACCUGGUACAGCAUCGCCUACAUGGAGCGGUUCGGCAUGGUCAAGCAGGGGGAGCGCAUCAUGCAGGGCGCCCGCUGUUAG